AUGUACUGGCAAGAAGAUGAGUUAUCCCGUAGGUUAUCAGGCAAAGUCAUCGUUAUCACUGGUGGAACCGCCGGUGUCGGUAAAGAAGCAAUCCUCAAACUCGCCCAGCACAAUCCCGCUCAUAUCUACUUCACGGGCCGCAACGUGCAGGCCGUCAACUCCCUCAUUGACGAGGUAAACGCCAUUACCACCUCUACUACCACGACCAACGAUGGAAACAGCAUACUCACAUUCAUCCCCUGCGACCAAACCUCCCUCAGCUCCAACGCACGGGCCAAAAACAAAGGCGCGGCCGGCCACGGCCGUAUCGUUGUUACUUCCACGCCUGGGUUUAGGGGCGCGCCGGAGGGGGUUGGCGGGAUUGGUUUCGCGGGGCUGAAGAAGAUGCAAGGCGGUGUAGGCGGGCCGGCCAUGCUGGCCAAAAACACGCUAUACUCGCAGAACAAACUUGCGAAUGUCCUGCACGCUGCAGAGCUGGCGAUGCGCUAUCCGGAGCUUCCCGUCGCUGCUAGUCAUCCGGGAGUGAUUGCGUCGACGGAGCUGAUGGGGCAUAUGAAUUUCAUCGACCGGUUGGUGGUCAAGUUGGCUGUGAGGAAUUUUGAGUCCUACAGUUUGCAGGAGGGGGUGUAUAAUACCCUCUGGGCCGCGAUGACGACGACGACGACACAGGCAACAGGGACGGCUGGGCAGGAGGGGGCUUCGUUGGAGUCCGGCGGCCUUUGCGAGGCCGUGGGAAAGCCACUUGCACACACGAAGUUGUCCGCCGAUGAAGCUCUUGCGGGCAAGUUAUGGGAAUGGACGGAGAAGGAAAUUGAACGGUAUUUGCAGUGA